UCAUGCUGCUGCCAAGUCCAGAGUCUCUCAUGGGUCCCUGUACGGCCUCCCAUUGCUGCUGUCUCCAUCGCCACACUCUGCCAUGUGCCACUUUCAGGUCUCCUCACACACUGCUGGUGUGUUGAAUUUUUUGACAUAGGGUGCUGGCAGAUUACGGGCCUCCCAUAGCUGCUGCCAGGCCCCUAAUCUGCCAUGGGCCCCUAUACCGCCUCCUCAUGCUGCUGCCAGGUCCAGAGUCUCUCAUGGGUCCCUGUACGGCCUCCCAUUGCUGCUGUCUCCAUCGCCACACUCUGCCAUGUGCCACUUUCAGGUCUCCUCACACACUGCUGGUGUGUUGAAAUUUUUUGAC